GGUGGGUUCUUUCCCGUUUUUCCCCCCGAUGAAAGGGUCGUCCUCCGUAAAUCCUAAUCUUCUGUUGCUGCAUUUGUUUUUUGUAUAGUCUAAUGGGCAGGAACUUACUUCUGAGGCUUGGUGAGGACGAAGGUUUCCUAGAAAUAAAGCGCUUGAAUGUCAACGAGAGACUAACGUUACAGCGCUUAUUCGCAGUCGAGGAGGGAAUGCCGCUUAUCUUCGCGUCUCUGUUUCUGCUCGUUUCGCUUUAUCAGGAUGAGAUAGAUGUGUGUUUGGAAAGCUAAACUGAGUUGUCAUUUGUUGUAAUUUGUAUUUAGCGAGCCCUAUGCAGCAGUCGUGCUCCGGGAGUGAUGUGUUUUCAGUGUACAGUUAUUACAGGAAGACCGGUGCAUGUGUGUGUGUCACGGGCAUUACGGGUUUGAUUUUUCAUCUCAAAUGAAACAACAUUUGCAUAGCGCAUUCCGGUUUCACCUCAGUCGUUGUUUUAAAUCGCUAUCCGUUGAGCAGUAUGGGCUGAUUCGGUUGGUUUGUGUCAUUUCGGAGCAACGGAGAGUGAAAGCUGAUGCACGGAUUAUAGCGCUGUGUGAUGGGGAUGUUUUCAAAUCAAACAUCUAGGAAGUGGGGGAGGAUAAAGCUCAGGUUAUCAUCUGUCACUGCCGUUGACUUAUGCAUUUCUAUAAAUUAACCGCAUAUUUUAUGUAAGCAAAGGAGAAUAAAGCCCGAACGCCCUUUUGUGUGUGUUUUCGCAUGUCGUUUUCGUCUCGCAAGAUUCUCUUCUUUACCUUUAGCUGGCUGUGUAGUAAAGCGCGUUCGCGAGACGCGCGCGGGACCUUCGGGUGAAUGAAUUGCGCGUGUGCGCGUGCUCGCCGCCGCGGUGUCGCGUGGCGGCGCUUUGAACGCGUUCGCGCGUGUCGCUGCGGAACCGGAGGGGAGACACAGCGCGCGUGCAGCUCUGACGUCAGAGCGAGAAUUCCCGAGUACACAGGCCCUGUCCCGGCAGACCGCGAGUCUCCGAUGACGCGGAGCGAGACGUCCCCCAGCCGUGCCCAGCAUCCCUCCCCUAGACAGAAACCCAACACCUGCUGCUUCUGCUGGUGCUGCUGCUGUAGCUGCUCAUGUCUCACUGUUAGGAGUGAAGAUGACAAGCGUGGGCGGAGGAAAGCCCAGGAGACAAAGCUGGAGCCCUUUCCAUGUGAACCUUGCCCCAAACCGACGAUAGAGGAGAUUAAACAGUGGGCGCAGUCUUUCGAUAAGCUGAUGAAGAACCCAGCAGGGCGAAACAAGUUCCGUGAGUUCCUGCGGACGGAGUACAGUGAGGAGAACAUGCUCUUCUGGCUGGCCUGCGAAGACCUGAAGAAGGAGAUCAACAAGAGUGCCAUCGAGGAGAAGACGCGUUUGAUCUACGAAGACUACAUCUCCAUCCUCUCGCCCAAAGAGGUGAGUCUGGACUCUCGCGUGAGGGAAGUGAUCAACAGGAGGUUGCAGGAUCCCACCCCUCACAUAUUUGAGGAUGCACAGCUGCAGAUCUACACCCUCAUGCACAGAGACUCCUACCCACGAUUCCUCAACUCCUCCGUCUACAGAUCACUGGUGCAGGGGGGGUCACGCUCCUCGUCUGAGUCAUAGACCCCCGACUCCCUCCUCUUUCUUUCUCUCACUCUCGCCACCCAAUUCUCCCCAUUUCCCUCCAUCUCGCUCCAUUGCACAACCACUAGAGGAGAAAGUACUCCUUUUUUGUGUCGUCACAGUUGGAUUACCUUUUUUUUUGCUUCAUUUUCCUGUAUCAUUUUUGAUACAAAACCUGCACAGACUGAAACUGGAAGACACAGCGUUGAAAAUGCAGUUUUCAUUUUUCAAAACUUCUUUUUUUUUCUCACCAUCAUUCCAAGCGUAUGUGGCAGCAGCAGUAUCAACGACCGAUUUUCACAGCCAUCUUUUUUUUUUCUACUUUUAUUUCCUGAUGUCUCUAGUUGAAGAGAGCUGAGAGGGCCUCUGCAAUAACAUACACUGGAGUGGCCUGACCAAACUGCUCCUCUUUCCUGACCCUUGACCUGUCCACUGUCUCUGUGCUCUGAUUGGCUCCUUGAGGCGGGGGGGUCGAGAGCUGAUUGGCUAAAUAGAGGAAUGGUACUUCUUCAAGGUGCUAAACAAAUAGGUACAAAAAUAUUUACACACUAUUUCGAUCAUAAAUCAAUUUCCAGGCCCAGACAGAUUUUUCCAGCUUUUCUGCACUGAUCUUGAGGGAAAAUCUGUGGAAUGGAUUUAAACACGGUAAAAUGAGAGUACUAAACUCAUAUUUGUAGCUGAUGAAUUUUCAAAUUAGCCAAAAGAUUUACUAAACAGGGAACUAGGAAUUAUGUAAAAGAGGGCAUAAUGGUUUUGUUUGAGAUUUAUGAUUGUACAGAUUUAGUGUGGGCCUGUUGAUUUCAAGCAACUGUUAUAACAAAAACAAAAAAAUAUAUACAAGAGGGGGACUGCCUAUUUUAGAGAUAUUAUAUAA